AUGGCACCUCUCGUCUUUGUUAUUGGCGGAACUGGAGCUCAGGGCAUUCCUGUUAUCCGCGGCCUCGUCAAGGACGGCGCCUAUGCAGUGCGAUUCCUGACUCGAGAUGCUACCUCGGCUAGAUCGAAGCUCCUCCUUAACUUGGGGAAUGUCGAAGCCCUUGAGGGUACUUUCGCGAGUGAGACCGAUCUUCGCAAAGGCUUUCGCGGCGCUCAGUAUGCUUUUGUGAACAUUGACGGGUUCAACUGCGGCGAGAAGACUGAGAUAUACUGGGCCAUACGCGCAUAUGAGCUGGCGCUGGAAGAAGGUAUCAAGUUCUUCGUCUAUGGAAACCUGGACUAUGUGUAUAAGAAGAGCGGGUUCGAUCCCAAGUUCAGGACGGGCCAUUAUGACGGAAAGGGCCGCAUUGGAGAGUGGAUUCUGCAGCAGAACAAGACGCCCGAGAUUGCGAAGCGUAUGGGAGCAGCUGUUUUCACCUCGGGCCCCUACAUCCAGAUGGUGCUUGGACAGGGAACCCCCAUGUCUCCUGUUCUUGAAGACGGCGCAGUUACCUGGAAGGUUCCUCUAGGAGAAGGUGCUGUGGCUCACGUUGACCUUGACGACUGCGAGUAUUAUGUCCGCUGGCUGUUCGAUCAUCAGGAUCGCUCCAAUGGCUUAGAUCUCGAAGUAGCCAUUGAACUGGUGGAUUAUCACGAAAUGGCCAAGGCCUUUACAAAGGUCACUGGCCGUCCUGCAAAGUACGUUGACAUCGACUUGGACACGUACUGGAAAAUUGGCCCAUUUGGCUCUGGUCAAAGCUCGUCGGGGUACAAUAGCGAUCUUUCGGACGCGAGCAGCAUGACCGUGCGCGAGAACUUCACGGGAUUCUGGAAUAUGUGGAAACACACAUACACGGGGAACCGAGGUGUCAUCAAUCGUGACUUUGCUCUUCUCGACGAAAUACACCCCAAUCGGAUCAAGAGCGUUGAGGAAUGGUUCAGACGAGAGGAGAAGAAGAGCAAAGAGCAGGGCUUGCCUAGUCUAUGGGACCGUGCUACAAUGCUCAAGCCUGUGCUAAAGAUCGCGGAGGAUGGAAGACAGGGUCGUCUGUAG